CAAACCAGAGAAUUUCCAAUUUGCGGCAAGUGAGACCGAAGUCUGCCAGGCUGAAGUGAUCAACUUUACCUGCUCUGCUGAUGGUAGCCCUACAGUACAUAGUUAUCAACUGUUUGAGAAUGAUACACUGGUGACUGACGGUAGUAACAGUCAUGGAAUGUGGAACAGAACAAUGUCAACCGGUGGAGUGUUCAUCUACAAGUGUGUAGCUAGUAACACAGCAGGAACAGGACAGAGUGAAAGUGUUACUGUUACUGUCGCUGAAUCAUUCAAUCUCAUAAGAAGGCCCGCCGAUCCUACUGUUGUGGUUGAAGGAGUCAACAGUACACAAGUUCACCUGGUUUGGAAUUUCACUGAUUGUUCAAGUUUUGCGAUCAUUAUCGACAGAGAGAGACCCGAUGGAUCACAAAACACCCGAAUUGCAUCGCGUUCCGGUCCCACAUUCAAUAUUUUUAACUCUGACUAUGAAGCAAAUCUUCCAGCGACGCUGGUGAUAAAGAAUGUCACAAGAAAUGAUGAAUAUGUCUACGUCUUCGCCGUUUUUAACACAUAUAACUUCAAACGGGAACUGGAGGACUCAGUUGCUGUUGAGGUUCUCUGUAAGUAUUAA